AUGUCUUCUAUCGAACAGACCCUCCCUCCAACCCAUGAGCGCCGCAACUCGUUGGAGAAACAUCUCCAAACCCGCCCGGACAUGCAGGAUCUCAAGGACCGCCACAUCCUGCUGGAUACCAAUGUAGCUCCAGCCCUUCAAUCCGUCCGCCAGGACCUCGACCGUCAGCGUGCUACAGACAGUCUGAAGAAGAACCUGGAGAAGAGACCCGAGAAAGACCAGCUGAUUGAGCGGAACAUCCUCCCCGCAUCUUCCGCCGCCCCAGCAUUGCAGGCCCACGCCCGCGAACUCGAGAAGCAUAUGCGGGCCGACAGUCUCGAGCACAAGAUACAGAACCGGCCACAGCCGGAAGAGCUGAUUUCGCAGGGUAUCCUCUCUGAAGAUGAGAACCCGCGCUCGCCGGUCUAA